GGCUCGCCCAGGCGCCCACAGCUGCAGGCGGCAGCCCCCGGGGGCCUCGGCCUGCCCGUGCCAGCCCCGGCCCGGCCCGGCAUGAGAAAGCGGAACGAGGCGGUGACCGUGGAGCAUGAGCGCUUCGACGCCGCCGCCGCCUCCUCCGCGCCGGCCCCGGAUUGCCGGCUGAAGCGCCACCUGCCCCAGGGGGUCCGGGAGCCGGCCGCGCCCGCGGCCAUGAAGCGGGCCCUCACCAGAAGAAAAGGAUUGUGGUUCAGAUUCCGAAAGCUGCUCAUCUGGUCUUUGGGACUAUAUCUCGUCAUUCCAUUUCUUGUUAAACUUUGUCCUGGGAUCCAGACCAAGCUGGUUUUCUUAAAUUUUGUGAGAGUUCCUUAUUUCAUUGACUUGAAAAAGCCACAGGAUCAAGGGUUAAAUCACACCUGUAAUUAUUACUUACAACCUGAAGAGGAGGUAACCAUUGGAGUGUGGCACACAGUUCCCGCAGCUUUGUGGAAGGAUGCUCAGGGAAAGGACCAAAUGUGGUAUGAGGAUGUGUUGGCUGCCAAUCAUCCUAUAAUUCUGUACUUACAUGGAAAUGCAGGCACUAGAGGAGGGGACCACCGAGUGGAGCUCUACAAGGUUCUGAGUUCCCUUGGUUACCAUGUAGUCACAUUCGAUUACCGAGGCUGGGGAGAUUCGGUGGGGACUCCCACAGAGCGGGGAAUGACCUACGAUGCCCUCCACGUUUUCGACUGGAUAAAAGCGAGAAGUGGUGACAAUCCUCUCUAUAUAUGGGGCCACUCCCUGGGCACAGGAGUUGCAACAAAUUUGGUAAGGCGGCUUUGUGAACGAGAAACUCCUCCAGAUGCUCUGAUCUUGGAAUCUCCAUUUACCAAUAUCCGUGAAGAAGCAAAGAGUCACCCAUUUUCGGUGAUAUAUAGAUAUUUUCCUGGAUUCGACUGGUUCUUCCUCGAUCCCAUCACAAGCAGUGGAAUUAAAUUUGCAAAUGAUGAAAAUGUGAAAUACAUUUCGUGUUCGUUGCUUAUUCUUCACGCUGAAGAUGAUCCUGUUGUUCCAUUUCAUCUUGGGAGAAAGCUUUACAACAUCGCAGCCCCAUCUCGGAGUUUCCGUGACUUCAAAGUCCAGUUUGUUCCGUUUCACAUGGACCUUGGCUACAGACACAAAUUCAUCUACAAGAGUCCUGAGCUUCCACGGAUACUGAGGGAAUUUCUAGGAAAAUCAGAGCACGAGCAUCACGUUGACCGUCGUCAUUGAGGACCGUCUGCUUGGUAGCGUGGAGACUGGUUUUCCCUCUCCUUUUCUUUUCCUUUGGUCAUCAGUCUGUCAUCCUUGAACCCUCAGCUCCAGCAUCUGCAUCACACAGGAUUCCCAGUCUCUGCCCACAGGUUUCCCUUGGAGAGGGCAGCCCCAAACUAAGUUCUCUGUAACUUAGUCCAGAAGUGAGGGUGGGGAGAAGCCAGUUCCAGAACAGCUGAAGGUGAACACAGUAGACUAACUCCCAACCACCUCAGCUAACACAUGCAUUUGCCUAGAAAACCAAGGCAAACUUAUUUGCUUCCUCCUCACACAAGUGUUUCCUUUAGUGAAUGUUGGCAAUUUAGAACCACCCCAUUUACUGAGUAUGUGGUCCCUUCCCCUCCUCAUCUUGCUGUGGCUUCUGCAGGAGGGGCCUUUUUUGAAAAAAAAUCAGUUUCUUCCCCAACCUAGGCUGUGUCAAGGAGACCAGGGUUUCAGAGGGAAAAAAAUCAGGGUCUGAAAUAAUAAUGAAGGAUUUAUUAGAGAUUUAUUCUCCUUCCUCCCCCCUCCUCCUCCUUCCAAUCCCUUUAGUAUUUGCCUAGCCUCCUCUACUAAUUCAUGAAACUUUUUUUUAAGAAAAGACUAAACUGGGCCUAGACCAAACACUUAAGGGUUUGUGGGGUUUAAAAUUGUGGGGUUGAUCUGUUGUUUCCUCAUCAAACCAUUAGUCCUCCCUCGACACAUAAGUUUGGUGGAUCUUCAAGAGAAGAAUUCAAGGCUGGGAUCUCUUAAGUGGUAAUGAACUGGAUUUCCUCCCCCUCUCCCACCAUAUUUUAUGCCUUUCCUUGUCCUGAGCUAAAACUCACCCCUCCAGCCCUGGGAUAACAAAUGCUGUCUGUCCAUCUUGGGAAAAGCUAUUCAGCACAGUUGGGCUUUGCACUCCUGGCAGGGUAGUGAGAUGCCCUUACCUCGCAUUCAGGACCUAGUUGUUUUAAGUACCAGUGUUCACCAAGGGCCCUGGCAGCCUUAGCCUCGGAGGUUCAAUUCCAUACUUCUGUGUUGAUCGAGAAGCCUAAUAUAUCAGCAUGCAUCUGAGUUCUAACUACAGACUCAUAAUAUAUGAGAAUAAGCUUCUGCCGUAGAAGUGUGGUGGACUCGGGUUCAGAACCUGCUCUUAGGAGCUCGCUGGGCCGCCACAAUGCCUUUUUAUGCACUGACAACAGAUGGAACUCAAUUUGGCAUUUUGUAAAACAAGCCAGUGUUCCACCUAACGCUGCUGCUCUCAUCUGACCCUUGCAAAAAUGCAUUUGGAAAUACAAACUGUCCCGAAUUUCCAGAGAUAAUUGAAAAUUAAACUUCAGAAAGCAUGAAAUGGAGACCAUUGUUCGCCACCCACAUUCCAGAAACCAAGCCAGUAAUGUGCUUUGAACUAAAAAUGCUAUGUUUCCAAAAAAUCAAGUGUGUAAUUUGAAUAAAACAAUUUGACGUGGGUU